GUAAGCCAUCUGUCAGGUUUGUGGUAGCAGAUUUCUGCUCUUCGUGGGGUUGCACUCCAAGGCCCUUUCCAACUUUAACUUUCUUCCUUCAGUCCCUGAAUAAGAGGGAAGAGAACCUUCCAAACUCUUAAUUUGUUCCUCAAAGAACAAUUUAAGCAGCAGUUUUAAAAAAAUCUAGGAAUAAAAGAGACUUUUGCAAGCCUAAUGCCAAUAUCCUGCUUAUGCUGAGGAUAAUUCCACCUCGCUGGGAAGCAUUUUCCUUAGACAAAUCAAGCCAUUCAAUUAUAUCGUUUAGAACUUAUUUGUGUUCCUCAAGAUAUUUUUGUUCUCAAAACUGCAGGUUCAGAACAGCUUCUCUUGAUUGGUGUUCAGGAUAUUGACCAGGCCCCUUCUCAAGAAAAACGAUCAGGCAUGUAUUUCAGUUUUCCUUAUUUGAGAGACGAAUGCAGAUCCACACACAAACACGGGAAGGCCUGAGUAUUGGGGGCUGCCACAAGAGCUUUGGAUCUCUUGUUGAAACCGCUCUUGAAUCUUGUCUGAAUCUCAUCCCCUUCUGGCCGAGAUGGGGAUGGGAUUUCCCCUCUCUUUCAUCUCAGGCAAUGCCUGGCAGGGGCGCUCCAGAGGUUGAUUCCAUCAGGAACUUUGGGUCCUUCAAAGGCUGGCGAGGGGAGAGGCGGGGCGGCUUUUCUUGAGCCCCUGAGAGCACCUUGUGUGUCUGCAUUACCCAGAUUAUGGGUAGUCUCUAUCCACUAAAGAGAAUGAACAUUCAGAGUAAGUCUAACAUUCCUUUUCCAAGCUCCUGGGGGCCCUUGGAGGUGACCCUCUUUUCUUUGGGGGGAAAUGGAUGGAGUUUUGCUCAACAUGGCCUCAUUGAGGGUUCUGUGCACCAAAAGGUGGGGUUUAGUUUUGCCCCCCAGCCCCUUCUCCAGCCACCAAUGCUGCUUUUGCUAAAAGUGAAGCCAAACUUCCUCUUGUGUUUCUGGUGACACUCCAAGAGGUGUAGGCCCAGAAUGAACAUAGUGGUCCCCCCUGUUAAAAAUCAGUGCAAGGCAACAAUAUUAUAAGGCAAAAUCUAAAUACCAAGAUGCAAUAAGACAAAAGCAAAACUUAAAACCAACCCAUCUAGUUUAACUGAGAUUGACAUUGCUCAGAGAUUUUAAGGAGAUUUUCCUGCCUCGGGAGAAGCUGGGCCUCAGGGAAGGAAAGAGACGAGGACUCUUUGGUGCCUUCUCUGUCUUAAUUGAGAGGGAAUGACCAUCUUUUCCUCAGCUCUCAGGAUUGAUCUGUGCAAUUAGAGGUUUGUGCCCUGGAGUAUGAGAGGUCUCGAUUAGACGUUUGGCUGGCUUUUUACAAAGCACCGCUUAAGAAAACUGUAACCUUAAAGGGAAGUUGGCCAUAAAUGUCUACCAGGUCAAUAUGUAUUGAACAAUUAAAAGCUCUUCUUUCUCGCACACACACACACGCACACACGCACACACACAACUCAGUACUGGUGUCAGAAUUAAAAUCAAGUUGAAAAGUUAAAUGUUCUAGAAGCAGUUAGUGUGUCCUCCUCACCCUUUUUCCCAACUUCUCUUGAAGUCACUGGCAGCGGCUUCUCCAAGGUUGCAAGCAGGAGUCUCUCUCAGCCCUAUCUUGGAGAUGCCGCCGGUGGGGGGACUUGGAACCUUCUUCACGCAAGCAGGCAGGUGCUCUUCCCAGAGUGGCCCCAUCCCCUAAGGGGAAUAUCUUAUAGUGCUCACGCAUGUAGUCUCCCAUUCAAAUGCAAACCAGGAUGGACCCUGCUCAGCAAAGCAGACCAUUCAUGUUUGCUUCCACAAGACCAGCUCUCCUCCCAUGGCAUUGCUAGGUACUUAAAAUAUGCGGGUCACAGGUCCACAGCCCCCCCCCGAUAAUUACACCCAAUCAAAUCUCGCCCCCCAAGAAUAACCACAUAUGUUUUUUAAAGUAUCUAAUAAUAUAAUCCAGCACCUCUGAAGGUGGAAGCAGCGGCUAGGGGCUCUCUCCUCUGCUCUCUGCCUUCACUGCUGCAAGUCCUUUAUGGAAAAGGCCAUGGUGGGUGAUGAGAUUUGAGGCUCUGAGCAAUUCAUUGGGGUUGCCUAUGCCCCAUGGGCCGUGCCCUAGUGACGUCACUGAGCGGAAGGCUUCCAUCAUAGGAACAUAGGAAGCUGCCAUAUACUGAGUCAGACCCUUGGUCUGUCAAGCUCAGUAUUGUCUACCCAGACUGGCAGCGGCUUCUCCCAGGUUGCAGGCAGGAAUCUCUCUCUCAGCCCUGUCUUGGAGAUGCUGCCAGGGAGGGAACCUGGAACCUCAGAUGCUCUUCUCAGAGCGGCUCCAUCCCCUAAGAAGGGGAAUAUCUUCCAGUGCUCCCACUUCUAGUCUCCCAUUCAUAUGCAAGCAGGGCGGACCCUGCUUAGCUAAGGGGACAAGUCAGGCUUGCUAUCCCAAGACCAGCUCUCCUCUCCAUCAGAACCUCCAGGCUUCUUAAUGCUUAACUUGCACCCGGUUUCGCUUUAAGACGUUUCCGCCCACCAGUUCCAGAGCAGUGAAGGCACUUUGCUGCUUGGGUGGGCUCCCAGUAGAUGGUGCUGGUGCCGUUCGCCCGACUCCCGCACCAGCUAAUAAGCCAGCAGACUUCGUGAGUUUGCUGAAGGAGAGCUCAGUGGUAAUAGCUCCCUAACAGGUACCUAAUAGCAGCCCAGGGACUCACAAUGCCAGGAUUUAAACAGGGAGCAAGAUCUUUGGAAGACGUGCUUUCUUGCCAUGGGGUGUCUGGGCAAUAUACCCCUAGUCUUAUCCAUGGAGGUGGAAGCAGAGCCAACUUGUCUCUCUGGGCUGCAAAUUUUCCCCUGUCUCAACACUCCAGCUCUCCCUCCCUCAGGGCCCCCCCAGGGAGCUUUCAAGGCUUGUGUAUUGGAGGGCAUUAAGCCACCAAUGCAAAGCUCCUUCUCCAGUCACAACAGGGGCAUCCCACCUCCAGAACUAGCCAGGCCCUCAUUCUAGCAAGCCCCCAGUUUUGUUUCCCCCCCCCCUUUUAAAAAGCAAUUGAUAGUCAAAGGAAGGCAGGAGAGCAGAGCAAAUGGACGGUGUCUCCAGCCUCCUACCGAUGCAUUACUACUUAAUGGGGUAAUAAAUCCAAAGUGUAGCAGCCACUGGGUGAAGUUUGUAAUGAGACCCAUUUGUAGCCUUAAUGGGAAGCUGGCAAGGGUGUUUUAUCGCCUUAACAAAACGCCUGGCGUUUGCAGGGCUGGAUUAUGACACGCUGAGGCCCUAAGUGAUGUUGGGCUUAAAAGGCCCCAUAGCAUUACCCCACCCCCCCAAAAAAGUAUUAUUCUAGCAAAUAGGACAAUGGACAGAAAUAAUAAAGCUUUGUUUUUACUUGGCAAAGAUGCAACAAACAACUAAUAAUUAACAAGACCAGGUAUCUUGCCAUAAGCCUAUUUGCAUUUAGGAAUAGCUUUAAAUGACAAUACAAAUUGAGUCUUUUUUUUUUUAAUUCAGAGGGCCCUCAUGAUGUAAGGCCCUAAACUGUGUACUUAGCUUGUGCCUAAAUCUGACACUGGGUGUUUGCAUUCAGGACAAGAUGUCACCACACUAUAAAAAGGAUUACAAAAACCAGAACCUGGCUUCAAAGGGCCUAAAGAGGAGGGCUCUUUUUCGGAAGGCAAAGCCAUGCCUUAUGCACUCCAGGAUAUACUGCCUCUGGAGAUGGAGGCUCCACCAUCCACCUGGCUUGUCAUAGAUUAAGAGCCACAGACAGACCUCUCCUCCUCCUCCUGGAAUGAAUUCGCUCUUCUGACUUAAUGACCAGUGCCACAUCUUGUAGGAAAUUAGUCCUGUCCUGAAUCUCCUGCAAAGUGAAGAAAGCUCAAGGAUAUAGGAAGCUGCCAUAUACUGAGUCAGACCCUUGGUCCAUCUAGCUCAGUAUUGUCUACACAGACUGGCAGCAGGUUCUCCAAGGUUGCAGGCAGGAGUCUCUCUCAGCCUUGCCUGAAGAUGCUGCCAGGGAUGGAAAUCUGCAUGCGGAUCCGAGACUGUUUUUGCCCCACCCUCUGUGCUUUUCAUUGUCAGAGUAGCACAGAUUUAGCCAGAGAACACUGGAUGAGGCUGAUUCCUCUGAACACCAAGGCCCAAAGAUGAAGACCCCCUACAAAUGAGUCGGUCUGAUCCAAGACGCAAAAGCUCUACCAGACCCUCAUCACAGCUCCAUUGUGGUCACCCUGGAGGACGUGGACCUCUGGAUGAAAUUUCAUCAGGUGGGAACAGAGAUGAUCAUCACCAAGUCUGGACGGCGGAUGUUUCCCCAAUGCAAGAUCAAAGUCUCUGGCUUGAUCCCUUACGCCAAAUAUCUCAUGCUGGUCGAUUUUGUGCCGAUGGACAACUUCAGGUACAAGUGGAACAAGGACCAGUGGGAGGUAGCUGGCAAGGCAGAGCCCCAGCUCCCCUGUCGGACGUACAUCCACCCGGACUCUCCCGCCCUGGGCAGCCACUGGACGAAGGAGCCUGUCUCCUUCCAGAAGCUCAAGCUGACCAACAACACUCUGGACCAGCAUGGCCAUAUCAUCCUCCACUCCAUGCACCGCUAUAAGCCUCGUUUCCAUGUCAUGCAGGCCGACGACCUGCUCAGCACCCGCUGGAGCAUCUUCCAGACAUUCAGCUUCCCCGAGACGGUCUUCACCUCCGUAACUGCCUACCAGAAUGAGAAGAUCACAAAACUCAAGAUCUACAACAAUCCGUUUGCGAAGGGCUUCCGAGAACACGGGAAGAACACGCGCAGGGAGGGGAGAGUCCAGAAGAACAACCCUGCCAGAGGUCAGAAGAGGACGCAGAGCCACGAGCAGCCCAAACCUGGCAUCGAGGACCCAGAUUUCAGGAGGGACGAGAGCGUGGAGGUGAAGGAAAAGAACCACAGCGUUGCGGCCGGCAGCAGCAGCUGCCCCUUCUGGGUCUCCGAGCAGAACAGCAACCACGGCGGCCUCUCUGCCGAGGCGCCUGCCCGAGUGGAAGAGGGCGAGCUCCCGGCCCAAGGACAGCCCACGCCGCCCCUGGCCGCCGCCGCCGUGGCCACCACCUCUUCCCAGGGCUCCUACAGGUUCCACGAGGCAGCCGAUGGGCCCCUGCCGGCAGCCCCCCUCCGGGACGUCUUGCCUCUCCACGAGUUCCGGGCCAGACCCCACCCACUGGACUUUGCUGCAGUUCCCGAGCCAGAGGCCAAACAGCUUCCUGAAGGAAUAUACGAAGCUGCCUUAUACCGAGUCAAACCAUUGGUCCAUCUAGCUCAGGAUUGUCUACACAGACUGGCAACGGCUUCUCCGAGGCUGCUGGCAAGAGACUCUCUCAGCCCUAUCUUGGAGAUGCUGCCAGGGAGGGAACUUGGCACCUUCUGCAGGCAAGUGCUCUUUCUUCCCAGAGCAGCCCCUUCCCCUGAGGGGAAUAUCUUCCAGUGCUCACACAUGCACUGUCUCCCAUUCAAAUGCAAACCAGGGCAGACCCUGCUUAGCAAGGGGGGCAAUUAACACUUGCUACCUCAAGACCAGUUCUCCUCCCAUAUUUUAAUUGUUUUAAAUUGUGUACACUGCUAUCCUAUUUUACACAUCUUAUUUUAGCCACUUCGUUUUACACAAACUUCAUGUCCUUAUCCUUUUCAACACAGAUGCUUAUAAUUAUGACACUGACCUUCACGAUUUUGCAGUUCUGCCUCUGAUCUUUUCUGUUUUAAGGGGUAAUAGCUCUACAGGAGUCUUCAUAAUAUUAGAGUAGCGAUUUUAAAGUGAUACGACCCUACUGCUUCAUAAGUUGAUAGCGAUUCAUGCUCUACCGUAUGCUGGUCUUGCACCGUAAUCAAGAUGAUUGAUUAAGACACAUAAGCAGGCAUGGCUGGCCCUUCUCCUGUGCCUUCUAGCCAGGCCCACACAACCCCGAAGCAAGAGCCCCAGCAGGGAAGGAGGCCCAUCGCGCUCCCAGGAGCAGCCUGACCCCUAAGCAGUAUUCCCUCUAACAGGGAUUCCCAGCUGGGGAUGCUGGGAGUUGUAGUCCACAACA